AUGGCGCCGGCCAUGAACCCGCAGCCAGAAGUGUUGCAGCCACUGCAACCGAAUGAACAGUCGGAGAUCGAUUUCAAUGAUUUCAACUUUGACAAUAUCUUCGGCGGUACGCAAACCAACGGGGAAUUGCCGGAGUUCGACUUUGGCUUCUGGGGCGAUCCGAUCAAUUUCGGCAGCGAGCCAAUAAACUAUCCAGUAGAUGGAGGCUACGCGACAACAUGGACCGGCUAG